AUGUCUAAACAUGCAACUAGUCCACAAACAGAAGGCGGAAAUCGUUUGAGCAAAUUAUGCACUCGAACGGGCGCACUUAAUCCUCGACCAAGUAACCAGUUUUCACCCUUGUCUGACGGUCAACCCAUAACGUCUGGAGUAACAUUUGAGGACAGCGCAAAUUGGUCUGUAAACGAUCUGCUCAAACAAACAAAAAGUCCGGGGAGAAAACUACAACGUCUAUUAAAUUCUGGACAAGAUGGAUCCUCGUUAAGUGCUCGUGAAAGUCCAGAAAAUAGUAUGUUCCGACUCUUAGAUCCAGAAUGUUCGAGUCUGGAUUGCGGCAAUCCAAGAUACACGACUCCGGAAAAAUUUUGCACAAUAUGUCGCUCGGAUAAAUCUCAAAUGGACGAUGUGACCACGGCUACCGCACCCGGUGCAUUGGCACAGUUGCCAGACAGAAAAUCAAAUCAAGAUGAUUGGCUUACUCGUUAUUCCGGUGAACGUCGAGUGAGUUUCGCUCUAGAUCAGACCAAAAGUUCACGAACUACAAGUCCACCGGUCAAAACUGGAUUGUGUCUUGGACAGAGAUAUGACCCCAGCUCAAAAACGCUUGGUGGUGCAAUACCAAGACGCAUGGAAAAAAUGUUGGACAGUUUAAAGCGAUCUACUCUAUCAGGUCGACUGAGCCCAUCAUCUCCGACAAAUGAAAAGCGAACAGUGGAGAAACUCAAUCCCAACUAUGGUAGUCCAGAAAAAAGCCGUUCCAGAUUUCGACCAAGGGAACUGGAUUGCUGGCGGGGUUCGAGACAGUACCCUAGGUCACUCAGUCCAACCGGAGGGAAAACGUUGACUAUGGACCAAACCCAAACCGCGGCGCGGGAGCAUUCAGAAACUGCUCCUCCUGACAGGACUGAUGAACAUGCCAGUAAGGCGAUGGCUUAUCAAGAAGUAGCUAAAACAAAUAAGGAAUCCCUGUCGAUAACAGGGGAUCAGAUAACUCAAGAGGACAAAACACAAACUGGCGUAAAGGGAAAAGUAUCACCUAUCUACUUUCUACACUUUCUUCCCAGAGGUCCAUUUUUCAAUCGCAAACCAGAUACUUUGAGCGAAAAAAACAUAGCCAAGUCAGAAAAAGUAAAUAAAGCAUCCGAAGAAUGUGUGUCAAAUCAACCGGUUGUGCCUCAGACAAAACCGACGGAAACCGAAGGAUCACAAAGUAGCCCAGUCGAUCCUUCUAAAUGGUGGAACAAGGACCAGGUCCGAAAUAUUACCAGUCCGAAUAGCGUGACCUUGGACCAUCACACAGCAGAUGAUGUUGAAAAAUUCUCAAAUCCGCCAUCCACUGAGACAUUAAAUUCCAUUCUUGAAGGCACAGUAACUCUGGCGAAACAGGCUGUGAUUCAACCAGUUGUUUUUGAUCAUAAAAAGCAAACAAUGGAUAACGCACAGAUGGUUUUCAUACCGUCUAUUAGUGGUCCAGAAACCCCACAACCAGUCGCUUCAAACAUAAAGAACAGUGAACCGAGACAGUUUCGAGAACGUAAUCGAGAAUCGCUACACGGCGAGCCUUCAAAGCGAUCAAAACGUAAGUAUAAUGAUGAUCCGUUUGCUGAGAAUACUCCACUGGAUCAAAUCGCACUAGAAAACUGGAUGAAUGAACUAUUGACGGACAGUAAACUCGAUAGAAGUCGUAUUCAAAAAGUAUUUCGUCUAGCAAGAGAUGUGCACCAAAUAACCAAGGAUGAUACCGCGUUCAAGCCAGCACAAGCAAGUUUCCGUGAAUCCAAUCUGAAUCGUAAUAUAGAUCGUGUAGUCGAAAAACUACGCCGCAAUGCCCUCCAACUGAUCGAGCUGGAACAGGCCUUUCGGUUGGCUCGAUUACAGGAUUCACAGAAAAAGCGAAAGAAAUCUACGCGCGGCCGGCAUAGAGAAUCUGCUCUGGCUCAGCGGGUCGUGCAAAAGACCAAUGUGCGGGAGAAUGAUGCCAAAGCCGUAAACCCAGUUACUGAAGAGCACGGACCGACGGAUGAGACCAUAUACGAGAAACUCUCUAGCAGUUUAGUUGCGACCGAUCAGCUGUUAGAUUUCUUGCCAGAAAAUCUAAAAUCAUCUCCGAAGCCAAACGUAACACGUGAAGGGAAUUAUCCUGGUGAACUAACAAAGCAGACAAGACCCCCCAAACCUCGAACUGAGAAUGAAAUAAAAUCAAUGAAUGCUUUGGAAACUGAACUCAAAACCUUGGCGGAAGAAAAAAAUAAAUUCUUCGAUCAGGGAAAAGAAGCCGAAACGAAUGAAAGGAAUGAAUUGAACGAAAUGUUUGGAAAAGGUAGAUUGACUGAUGUUGAACAAAUCAAUCGAGAACCAGGCAUUUCUGAUAUGCCUGAACCAAAAGCUCAGUUUGAUGUAGCUCUCAACACGCAGAUUCCCGAUCUUGUUCCCGCCAAUCCAUUAGAUGAAAAUGUUAAAGUCAGAGCGAUUGAAAACUUGGACAAUCUCGAUCCUUCAUUCGUACAGAAUUUGAAACCCAUCCUCCAAGAUGUCGUGGAUAUAGCUAAAGGGAAAGAAUUGGGGGAUUUAUCAAACCAUACAAAAUCAAAGUCACCACAACCAAGCCUUGUGAUUGCAGAGGCCAAAUCUUUUCCAUGUGGAGCUGAUAGAAACCCGUGUGGCUGUACACUCGCGAGCUCAAGAAAGCACCUGCACGAAGAUCAGCCUAGUCAAUACAGUCCUAUUGAACAGAAUGGUCCAAUGUAUCAUGAACCAACCACCAUUCUACCUGUGAAAUCAUCAGACGGUUUGCGAAACGAUUCCUUGACUAACAUGGUCGAUCACCGUAUAAUUCCUGAAGAAGUUCCAAUUGACGAUGUUGAAUUCGUUGAAAACAAAAUAAGUGGGAGACUUAAUCAUAUUUCUCUAACCUACCAGAAUCCUUUGCCAACGGAUAAAGAACCCAUAAGUCUGGCCGCUUUAAAGCAAUUUGAUAAGGGUAUCCCUGAGAAGCCAGUCAGAAAGGAACAUUUUUCAGUUACACCAUCGGAAGAAUAUGAAAGUAAAGGCGAAACCUGUCUUGGACAAAGCGAAUCUACCUAUGGAAUUGAGAACAAAAACAUAAAAGCUAAUCUGCAUGAAUGUUACAAAGAACCACGAGAACUUAAUGACACACGUGCGACUGAUGACACUGCGAAAGCACCAUCCAUAGAGUUUUCUGCACCCGUGGUUCCCUUCGCAUCUGGACCCCAACCAAGUUCAAAUUCAAAGUUUAGCUCCAAAAUCAAUGCAAAUAUAAAACCGGAUUAUCGUAUAAUGGUUCAACCCCAAAUGGAAGUAAGCGAGGUAAUAAAUGAGAUGGAAAUCAGUCCAUUACAGCAUGAGCUGGCUAGUAUUACGAAAUCGGGUAAAGAUGAGAACCUGUCACAGUCAAGAAAUGUUCCAGCGCUGCCAUUAAAGAAACCAAAAGACGGACCAAAUGGAUUUGAUCCUAUCGAUGUCCGUGUGUCAGUUGCUCCAAUAGAUAAUUUGUCAUUACUGAAAAACAAUAGAAAUGCUGUGUCGAAGCUUUCUGUGCACGCGCAAAAGAAGGUUUUAUCACUUGAAAACAGUUCAAAGGAUGACAUCCGUGCUUUGUUAUGUGAUUUGCAAAAUGCGGAAAAGAGUUCCAAAGGAGAAUCUUUAGAAGUUAAUCGAGGCUCUACAACUCAAUCAGACUUAGAUGCUGACGCAAGGACCAGCUUGCGUUAUUCCGAUGAGGAACAGAGCCCGAAAAUUCCAAAUACAUCAGAUAAUUUGAUUAACAAACAUUCUUCAUUAUACUUGGACACCAAAGAAUCUCUAAGUGCUCCAGAAACAAUGACAAAAGAAGUUCGCGUAAAGUUUGAUAAUGAACUGAGUCAAAUUAAAAAUUAUUUUGAUGGACAAGAUGAAAUAAUAUUGUCUGCAGAGCAAACCCUAACUGGUAGUUCUCCGACAGACACCCGUGAGUCAACACAACAAAAUGCACCAAUAAUGCCCGCAUUUUGUUCCGACACUAUUGCAACCGAUGCGGAAUGGAUGAAAAUGGUGGUAGAAGUAGCACAAUGCGAUCAACUUUAUGCUACCCUUCAUCCAGGAGAUGUAGAACCCAAUAUGGAUAACGACCAGAAUGCAAAACAGUUGUCUCUUUCGCCACAUACAACCUCUAUGUGGACAGGAACUACAACCUCUAGUGACAUCAAACCAUCUGACAAUCAGCACUUGUUCUCGGUCGAUCAAAAUCAGAUCAAUGAAUGCGUUUCAAAAUUCAUGCCGUCGGAGGGACAGAUGGAACAAACAGAUCUAGAGAAGGGUACGAUAGAGGCUAGUAUACUUGAGCCAUCCAGUGAUGUAAAUCUAAAAAUACCGGGAUGUGAAGCCCACAUUUUACCAGAUGCAAGAGAAUCCGUCGAGAAUAAACAGACUCAAAAAAUUCCGGCUGAACUUUUAUUGUCUACUCUCAGCCUUAUUCAGUCAGCAUCGGAAUAUAAUGAGCUUCCGCAAAACGAGAAAACCUUUACAUCCAUUGCGGUGGAUAAGUCCAAUAUCGCAACAGAUUUCAGUGCAAGUAUGUAUCCAUCAGUUGUUGUUUUGGAACAAGAAGAUUCGGUAAAACAACUAUCUUCAUUCAAAAGAGAUCAUGAUAUAGCUGAGGAAGCUAUGCAAGUUAAUGGAAGUGAUAUUUUACCUGGCAUUGUUGAAUCUAAUCAGUUUUCACCAAAAAAGUCCGAGAACCCAACGGAGGAUGAAACUCGCUAUCCUAAUCUUUUCUCUUUACCACCGGAUAAAGAACAGGUAUCAAAGAGGAUCACGGAUGAUACUGUUCCAGUUGGAAUAUCUGACCUUACACCAGAAGAACCACAGAAAACUGUACCUACCAAAGACACAUCGGACGAGACCACCUCUGUGAGGCCGACUGUGAAACUAUCACAGCCAGUUUCUGAACAGCCAAAUCAAGAUAGACUACCUUACAUCAAUAAUCAGCUAAGAUUACAAUCCUCACGAUCUUCUGAAUUACAACAACCUAAGAGAAAAUCAAGUUUCGAUGUUAAUUAUAGAGAAUCUAGUGGAGUUAUUGACGACGAACUAAAAACAAUCCCAACAUCAACACAACUGGAAACGGAACAGCCUUUGAUUCCCGCAUCCGGUAAGGCUAAGUCCAAUGCACAUGAACCCCUCUACUCAGAAGAUCCGUCCACACGGUUUGAUGAAGUACAGCGUCGCACAUCUAGAAAUCUAAAACGUGACGCAGACCUUCAACAGGCAAAUUCUUUGAAGGUGAAAGGCCCUCGAGGAUCUCGUGGUGGUGUGGUGGACAGUGGUAAUAAACGAUCCCGUCGUAGCCGUAAAUAUCGCAGCAGUGCGAAAAAGUCUACUGUGCUAACUGCUAUGGUUGGUGAGCGUGUUAAUUCUGAAAUGAGUAUACGACUUUACAGUUCGGAUCAGGAAAGUAUUUUGAGUGCAUCAUCGACGACAAUGCUACGUUCGUUAGCACAACAUACACCUCACGAGAGAGGUUUAGAUUCAAGAUUGGACGGAGAAAUAUUAGACUGUGAUCAGAUUACCGAUCUUCGCAUGCAUUUACAACCUGAACCUGUAUUUCAACCUGCUCGGCCGGUUCUUCCCUCUGAUGGAGGACGUCUGUCUAGUUCAAAACAACAAAUAAAUUCACUCAAACUCACUGUUCCUGGUUUGAUCGGUAUGCCGGAAAAACCAGCGGGUGAUCUUGUAGAACCAUCUGAUGGGGGAAAUUUGCACAAGUUAGCACUGAGCUUAGAAAAACCUUCUCGACUGCUCAAAAUUUCAAAAAUCUCAUUGAGUAAGCAUGCUAGUGAAUAUACUCUAGAGACAGAAAAUAUCAAUUUAGAACCUGGUUCAAGAACCGACAAAAAGCUCAUCGAACUGGAUCUGGAUGUCCAGUCUAAUCCCACAGUAUUCAUUCAUCAGACCCGUUCGAUGCCCAACGAACCACAUUUGAUUCAUCAUACUGAGAUCACUGCCCAUUUGAAUGGGACAAAUGGGAAAAGUCGUGGCGCUCAAACACCGGACGAAAGUGAAUAUUCCAAAUCACGACAAUCAAUAAACAUUCCUUUCCUUUCAAACAAACCUCGAACACGAAAUGCCAAGGCACAAGUGAUUUUGUCUGAUGGUACCAGUGCUGAAUUGAUGUUGCGUUAUGCGGUGCAACGAAUGAGUAAACGUAAAUCUGAAUCGCGCAAGGUACAAGAUACUACUGUAAUCAAACAAAAGCGACAACCUUGUUGGUCGGGUGGACCAGAUCAAAGCAUGCUAGUUAAAUCAAUCCGUAGUAGUCUGUCCGAGGAAGACACCAAUUCUGGUGCUCCAUUUGGUAGUCCAGAAUCCGUAUCUUCCCCCUUUGGAACUACAUCGAGCACUUCGUCGAGUCUGCGAAUUCGAACCCAGAAAGAAAACACCAGACAAAAGAUAUCCGGAGGAGAUAAAAGUGACGAGGUCAGUGUAAGUGUCUGUAUUACCGAUCAGUCCCGUCCAAGCACUUCCCUAACCAUUAACUCUAGUACGAGAGAUUCCAGUGGAACACCUUCCAUGGAGUGCAGAUGUUAUCGGACAGUACGUAAUCUCACUUCCAAUGCAGAACAUGGAAACAAGAUUAAAGGUGUUGCUUAUAAGCAUAAGUAUCACGCGCGCCAUCAGCAUCAUCACCCUCAUGAGAUACGCUACCAAUGUCAUCGUAAACAGUAUCCGUUUCAUCAGGUUCAUCAUCAUCCACGAUGGGUCAACACCGAUCGCGAAAAAGUUAGGCAAACGCGUAACAGAAAAACUAGCUCCGUCGAUUCCUCCAGUUCCGAAGUAACAGAUACUACAGACAGUUGUGAACGGAGCGAAGACAAAAUAGUUGGUCGAGCGCUGGAAUUACCACUUUCCAAUCGAUCAGACCGGCGAUGUCGAAGUCAGUGUACCGGUUCCCCGGAAUUAGACAAGAAUUUGAAACUGACACCAAAUGUUCUCCGUUUGUUCCAAUUAUCGAGCAGUCUGAAAGAUCUCUCGGUCCAUCUAAUCUAUAGAGAACUGAGAACUCUACUUUUAAAACGUUUGUUGGGAAAAACUGAGGAGUCUAACGACGGCUUAUCAGAGCCUACUGCUCACAGACAUCAUGCAUAA